CGAGCACCUAUCAUCCGCUUAUACAUAUAUCCUUUCUUCGCGUCGGCAGCAUCUGCAUCUGCAAUGGCGAAGAACCACGGAGCCGCUGCUCUCCUGAUCGCGUCCCUGCUCGUGGUGGCCGUCGCCCUCGCCGACGCCAGGUUCACCGCGACGCAGAUGCAGCGCGGCAGCAUUAACGGAGUUUAUGCAUUGACGAAGGCGGUGCCGGCGCUGACGUGCAACAAGGUGAGCGCGGUGCAGACGGGUGAGACCUGCUCCUCCCUCGCGGAGAGUGCCGGUCUGACCCAGGAGGACUUCCUGGGCUUCAACCCCAACAUCAACUGCAUCGGGAUCUUCGUCGGCCAGUGGGUCUGCCUCGACGCGUCCUCUGCCUAACACGCCGUUGGAUGUACGUGCGCAGCGUCGUUAAGUUGCUGCUAUUUAUGCAUGAAUAAAGGAGGCUAAGUCGCUCUGACGCUCCUCAGUGUGCCUCCGCCAUUAUUCGAGUUGAGUGUGGUAUUUUUACUUCCCUCACAAAAGGAUCGAGGUUGUAGUCCGUCACUCUGUCUUUGUGCCAGCUUUGGCUUAAAAACCGGUUCAGUUAG